AGAGUGGCUUUUGGUUUGAGAGUGUGGCUCUCUGUAUUGCUAUCUGCGGUCGUUACUAAAGUUAGUAUAACGAGAGACUAACUAGGAGUGUCUAACUCAAUGUUACGGUGUGUUUGACCCUAAGUUUAUUUUACACCAGAAUAUAAUAUAAUAUUGAAGGUUUUUCUUUUUCUUUUUUGCAGGACAGUAAUGCUUUGCCCUGUUCUCUCAUCUCUGCAUCAUAAAAAAUUAAAUUAAGCCUAAAUAAAAACUUAAAGGACAUCAAGAGGGCACUUUUUUGUUUGUCCACUGGGAGGGCAUCCAAAAGACACUUUCUCAAGCUGCCCUCCAGAAAAGCAAUGUGCAAUGCAAAGGAAAGGAUACCAAAGGGCAUUUUUAUAAUGUUUUAUCAUGUUUAUACUUGGAGAAGCAUCCAGAAGGGCACCUCCAUUGCAUCUUACAUGGGGGCAUCAGAGUACACUAUUGGUUAUUAUGGAAAUAGCAUGGCAUAGUGGAGCAUUGUGCAGUAGAGGAGUGGGGUAAGUUUAGCCAAAGGGUAAGUUGAGCCACCCCCUGUUGCUUGGAAAUGGUAAAAGAAAUUGAUCAAGUGACCAAAUAUUUAGGAGAUGGGCAUCAAUUCAUGGAGUCUGUGAAGGUUAGAAGCACAUGGGUGAAGGGGUUAGACAUUUAUUUUAAAAAAAAUAAACAUUUUUAACUCUUGAAAGUGAAUUUAGUCUGUCAUGAGUUUUAUUAGAAUUGUGUUCAGACCAAAAAAGAUCAUUUUAAAAUUGUUUUAUACAUCAAUUGUGGUAUCUAUGAGCUACAACAUGAAAUCAAAAACCUAGCAUAAAAGUCCACCAUUUUAGCUUAGAGGAUUGAAAAGUCAUGAUAGUAGUUCUGUGGUAAGUUGAGCCAGUGGCUCAGUUGAGAAAGUAAAUAAGUAUGAUGAGAGGAUCAGAGUCUCAGUUCAGAUUGUUGAAAUGUGUUACUUUUUCUUUUCAAAAAUACAGCUGUGAAUGUUCUGAAUCACUUCAAGACAUUCUCAUGUUAAAAUGACUUUUUACAAAACAGCUUUUUAGCAGUUAUAUGCAAUAAUAAUAAAAAGAAUUAUUGCAUCAGUUGAAUAGCAUAUAAUAGAUAGAAGUACACAUGAAUGUGAAGAAGUGACUGUUAUUUAGGGAGAGAGAGAAGGUAAGGGGGGCUGGUCAACUUGCCCCAUACAAGGGGUAAUUUGAAGACAGUUAUGUUUACAGCCAUUCUGUUUGUUUGCAGGGAUGCACAAUAUCUUGAAAUAUAUACAGAUGCACUAGUUAGAGACCAAACUAUGAUUGCCUUUAUGUAGUGAUCCGAAAUAUGAAAAAUGGCUCAUCUUACCCCACUCUCCCCUACUGACACAAGUAUUUUGAAGACCUGAAAGAGGAAUAGUCUAUAAACCGAUAACUUACGUUUAAAAUUUUCACUCAAACUAUGGUGAAGGCCAAAAGGCUGUGCGGCUCCAUGGUCGUCAGUUGUCUGAUUGGUACUUAAGCCUUCAGUCUCUUCUCUGUCAGGAAGGGGUGACGCCUGGGACCCCGCCUGGAUUUUAAAUACAAACGUCCCCUGCAGUGUUUUCGGUUCGUGUCUGUGGGUACGUGUGUGUGGAUUGUGUCCAGACAAAAAUUAUCCAGAAAGUUUUGACGCCACCUACAGGUUUUGGGAAAGUCUGCUGCUGUUUGAAGAUUCACGGUCCAAAUCUCCUAAAGUUUUGAUAUAAUUGAAAAUAUUUUUCUUUUAACUCGAAAUGGCAUUAUUUCGGUUUUCUUUCUUUAUGCGUCUUCUGACGGAUAAAGUCCCGCAAGAACAAUCCUUGUAGUAGGAACUACUUACAUCCGUCCCUUGUAUGCCACCCGGAUUUGCGAAGUGUUACACAGGUGCCCUGAGUCUAUUUCGGCACGCCAUUGUCGAAAAUAGCUACUUUCGCAUUACCGUAACCGACUCGUUAUUCCGGUCCUGUGUUCCCAGGCGAGUUUUUAAACCUUUUAAAUAACAAAAGUCUCACAAUGGCGACGGACUCAUGGGCCCAGGCGGUUGACGAGCAGGAAGCGGCGGCUGAAUCGGUAAACCUUAACUUACGCAACACGAGCUAACGUGUUGUUAGCCCGUCUGAUGGUUUUCUUUGGCCUGCUCUGUUUCUGUGAGAAAGAACAUUGAAAGCUAAGCUCUGUGUCUCUUUUGAUGAAAUAGUUCACUGACAACCCGACGGUAAAAAACUGUUAUCUGAGAGUUUGUCACGGUGAGGUUCAGGUUGGUGUGAAAAUGAAACUAACCGGUUUGUCCAGGUUGAAGCUAAAUGAAGUAGCUUCACUUCAGACGCUGCGUGCUCAAUACAACACCAGCCUUAGGAGCCAUCGAGCAACUAAUAAAAGAGGCUAAAAUAACAUUCCAGAUAUGAAUCAGCUGUAGUAACUAAGCUUCUCGUGAUCAGAAAUGAAGUUUGUCGAGACACACCCAAGUCUGGACACUUAAAAUUAAAACUUUUUUUUUCUAUCCAACUAACUCUAAAUAUCUCUCUAAAUUUCUGCAUUUCUUCUUACAGAUUGGCGGUCUUCAGAUUAAAGACAAACCAGAAGAAAAUGGUAAGUUUAUCAAGCAACUUUUUCUGUAGACUUGUCUCAAAGUAGUGUUUUGGAUGUACAUUGAGGAACCAAUUGAUCAAGCAUUUUAUUUUAUUUUUAUUUGGACCCCAAUGUUCCCGGGUUUUACUCUGAUUUAUUCUUACUUGUUUACUCUGCGUUGCUGCGAUAACCAAAUUCCUCCUGGGGCCUCAUUUAUCAACCGUGCGUAUGCUCAGAUGUGCGCGCAAUAAGUGCAUAACAUUCCCACACAAAGUAUCUAAUCUAUCAACCUGUACUUUUGUAAAUACUUGCGUUAUUAAAGACUGUGCUGAUCUGUUCAGAACACAGAGUGGACUCUCAGCAGGUACCGCUUUCCCCAAAAUCAUUUAAGUGGAUUUAUGCCGUGGUUAACAACCCGUGUUGGAGUGAGAGACAAAACACACCAGAGCCAUCCCAGCGCACAUCCAGCUCCUGUCCACCCUGGGAUUUUUGGCCACUGGAACAUUUCAGCGUGAGAUUGGAGACAUACAGCAUUUCGCAGCCAGCACUAAGCAGAAUCAUGCCGGCAGAGUUGGAUGCAAUAAUUUCUCUGGCCUCAACUUACAUCCAGUUCCCAAACACACAUCCGCAACAAGCUGAAAUAAAACGAGGAUUUCACGCCAUUGCCGGAUUCACAAACAUAAUUGGAGCCAUAGAUUGCACCCACAUCGCAAUAAAAGCACCUUCACACAAUAAAUUCAGUUUUGUCAUCAGGAAAAGAUUUCGUUCAACCAAUGCACAAAUAAUCUGCGAUGCACAUUUAUUUCUGUUAAACGUUGUUGUCCGGAGAAACGCACGACUCACUCAUUCAGCAGAACAGCUCUGUGAGUGUGCACCUCCAUGAUUUCAGCGAGGGGGGAAAAAUCCAUUCACGCAUUUUGAAAGGGAUUGUUGGUCGAUAUUUGGUUGAUUGGAGGCGUUUCUGAAUGCAAAUGACCCUAACCAUGCACGAGCACAGUAGUAAAGAACAGGUGGGAUUUAUCAUCACCGACUACUUACUAGUGUGCGUACGACCGGUGUCCGCCUGUUUGAUAAAUACAGAUUUUUUAGUACUUGCGUACAUUCUAAAUUUCAUUCCUAUGCCAGAAUUUAGCACCAUUUCUACGCACAGAUGAUAAAUGAGGCCCCUGGAGAUCAUAAAAGCGUGAAUAUAAAAAAAAUACUAUCUUAUAAUUUAUUGUUGCAGGCACAGCAGGCACAACUGCCACUACGACAGACUCUGGUAGUGCAGCUGCAAAGACAGAGACUGAGGGUGAAAACAAGACCACAGAUGACGAUGACAAAGGUUGGCAGUUUUCUUUCACCAUCGUCUUAUAUUCUUGUUUAUAUUUCAACAAGUUAUCUAUUUGGUAUUAACAGCCUGUGCAACGUUUCUUUCUUUUUUUUCUUCUUUUUAAAGAGGACAAGGCAGCACAGUCGUUGUUGAACAAGUUAAUCCGAAAUAAUCUUGUCAAUAACUCCAAUCAAGUGGAAGUCCUUCAGAAGGAUCCCAACUCUCCGCUUUACUCGGUCAAGUCUUUUGAGGAAUUGCGGCUGUAAGUGAUGGAUCAAUCAUUACAUUAAUGUCUUUCCACUUCCUUCUUUCCAGUAUCCCCUUCUUCUUACGUUCCAUCAGAUAGUAUUUGCUGAAUAGCAAUCAUUUGUGUGUUUGUCUGCAUUAUGCAUUUGUGUCGACAGAAGAGACUGUUUUUGAUCUACAUUAUUCCCACCAACCCACUUUAACUAAAAGGUACAUGAGUAAAGGAAGUGACAUUUAUUUUUGAUGUUAUGUGCGCAGCAAACCCCAGCUACUUCAGGGUGUAUAUGGCAUGGGUUUCAACAGGCCGUCUAAAAUCCAGGAGACUGCCUUACCAAUGAUGCUGGCUGGACCGUGAGUAUACUCGGCACAGAAAAGGAUUGUUGUGCCAUCUGCUACUUCAGCAAUGUGUCCCAUUGAGGGCUUUACAAUUCCUUCGAUUGAAUAUUUCUAUGAAAGUUAGGAAUUGGUCUUCUUCUGAUUAUUGUAAGGUAGAGAUUCAACAACAUGGACUCUAUCGUCUCUGUCUGCGUCCUUAUUCUCAUGUUUCUCGCAGUCCACAGAAUCUGAUAGCACAGUCACAGUCAGGAACAGGGAAAACAGCCGCCUUUGUUCUGGCCAUGCUCAGUCACGUAGAUCCUGACAAUAAAUAUCCUCAGGUAGGUGUUCUGGGUUUUCUGUGUUAUUCUAAAGGCAUUAGAUUGAAAUCUGAACUUUUAAAAACUGGCAUGUGACAUAUUGUUUCGGAUCUGUCUGAUCGCUCUCCUACUUGUCUUUGAAAAAGGAAGAUGAUGAUUUUAUCAGCCUAUUAAUUGUAUUUUUCUCUUAACUUAUCAUCAGUGCCUGUGUGUGUCACCCACCUAUGAAUUGGCACUUCAGACUGGAAAAGUAAUUGAGCAGAUGGGCAAGUACUAUCCUGAGGUCAAACUAGUCUACGCCAUCAGAGGGAAUAAACGUAAGUCUGCUGUGCUUUUUUGGAACUGAAUUUGCAGUGUAACAGAUAUUUCAUAUCUGUUUGAGUGUUUUUUGUGUGUAUUUGUCAAGAUGUGUUGCUCUCUCCUAGUUUCUUCUGUCCACAGUCCUACUCAUUCCAUGAAGACAUAAAAGCCCCCCAAAAACUAAAACCAACAUAAAAGGAGAUGGGUUAAUGUGUUGGUUAAUUUCUUUCUUUUGUUUUGGUUUCUUUUUAGUGCCCAGAGGCCACAAGCUGCAGGAACAGAUAGUUAUUGGGACACCUGGUACCAUGCUGGACUGGUGUGGUAAAUUCAGGUUCAUAGACCCCAAGAAAAUCAAGGUUUUUGUGCUGGAUGAGGCCGAUGUCAUGAUUGCCACACAGGGUCACCAAGACCAGAGUAUCCGCAUUCAGAGGUCAGAAUCAACAUUUAUAGGAAUAAAAAAACGCUGUUGAAUUUACUUAAACGUACGCAUUCUUUAAUUCUGAUGCCUUGUGCUGCUUUUAACCCGUUCAAACUGACAUUUCACUCCUUCCGUCCUCCCUCUCUGCUUCAGGAUGCUGCCUCAAACCUGCCAGAUGUUGCUGUUUUCAGCCACGUUCGAAGAGACGGUGUGGAACUUUGCUCAGCGCAUUGUGCCUUCUCCCAACAUCAUCAAGUUGAAAAGAGAGGAGGAGACACUGGACACGAUUAAACAGUAUUACGUGUUGUGCAACAGCAAGGAGGAGAAGUUCCAUGCUCUGUGUAACAUCUAUGGAGCCAUCACAAUCGCUCAGGCCAUGAUCUUUUGCCAUGUGAGUCCUUUAGCUCUAUUUGUACUCUAAGUAUGAUUGGAACAAUAACUGACUCUUACCUGUCCUCUGUGACCUUAUCAGAAAGUCAAGAAACCUACUGGUCUUAUUUUAUAUGAUUAUAUUCUAAUGAAUCUGUUUUUCAUUCAGCUAUACUCUCAGCACAGAGCCUGCUCAUGAAUUAGUGGCUCUUUUGGCUGUUAUGCUUUCCUGAGCUGCUGCACUAGUAACAGUACUCACUCUCUCUCUGUGAUCCAGACGAGGAAGACUGCAGGCUGGCUUGCCGGAGAACUAUCCAGAGAGGGCCACCAGGUGGCACUACUCAGCGGAGAGAUGCAGGUUGAGCAGAGGGCUGCUGUCAUCGAACGCUUCAGAGAUGGCAAGGAGAAGGUUCUGGUCACCACAAAUGUUUGUGCUCGAGGUAAGACCUUCAUAGCGGGCAGAUUUUGAAUUACUGGGAUUACAAGUGAGAGUUGAAUCUUAUCUUGUUUGUCAAAUAUACAAGCAGACUUUUUAAACAUAGAGGAAGUUCUCAGGGUUCCUAAGCAAGUAUGGAAACAAAUUUGAUCAAUUUCCAGGUCUUAAAAAGUAUGGUAAAUGAAAAAUAAAGUAUGGAAAAAUAUUUAUGUUUCAAGACUAUUACCACAGUUCUAAAAUACUGUUUUCUUAAAAUAGAAAAGUAGGUAUUUCCAAAAAUAAUGCUAAAAAGUAGGGUAUGGAAAAGUAUGGAAAUUCCAACUGUGUAGGAACCCUGAGUUCUGAAUAUUACCAAUGGUAUAUCGAAGGAUUGCAAGUUUUAAGUCAAAACAACAAAUAAUAUCUGCUUUUCGAUUUGAAGCAUUGAUGGCAGGUUGCAUAUUUGGUUGCCUGCCCUGUGAAAAAAUACCUUCAGUAGCCGUUGUUCACUGUUUUUACUCUCCACAGGUAUUGAUGUGGAGCAGGUGUCCGUGGUGAUCAACUUUGACCUCCCAGUAGACAAAGAUGGUAACCCAGACAACGAGACAUACCUUCACAGGAUCGGUCGUACAGGUCGGUUUGGCAAAAGGGGUCUGGCUAUCAACAUGGUGGACAGCAAGAUGAGUAUGAACAUCCUCAACAGGAUUCAGGAGCAUUUCAGUAAGUAUGCUGCUCAUGUAAACAAACAAUGGAUGAAUUUAGUGAAGUAGUGAUACUUUCUGUUUUAAGUUUAAUAUUGAUAACUGCUACUCUUACAAGAAGCAUGCAGUUUAAGGAGAUGAGGACUUAAAGUGACGAUUUCCUAAUAUUUCUCAAUCUACAGGCAAGAAAAUCGAGAGACUAGACACGGAUGAUCUGGAUGAAAUCGAGAAGAUCGCCAGCUAGAGGGAGUGGUGUCAAUCGCAUGAAAGACACCAAUCUGACUUCCCUACCCCUCUUCGCUCCCCAUGGACGCUCCUACAGUGUUUUAUGCUUUUAUUUUUUUUUAGCUGUCGGAGUAAAGAGCAAAACCACAAACAAAGUAUAUGUUUACACGUGGAUAUGUCUCCUCCCAGACGAGUGUUUUUGUAAGUCUUGGGAACAUACCCCAUUCACUCUUUGUACCUCUUUAAAUAAAGUCUCUGAGUUUACUGCUGUGUAUUCUGAUGCUGUAAAAGCAGUCAUAGUGGACUCUGUUUCACUGUACACAAAUGGAUUUAAUGAAACACUUUUUGGUGUUGGAUGUAGUUAUGGCGAGAUAAAAGCCACUUUAUAAAGAGGUUCAUGGAAAAAAAAAUGGAGAAAAAAAUUCCUGUGCCACAAACUUUUGAAUUUUAACAGACACAAUAAUUGAAUGUAACUGUUUCAUGUUGAUAACAGCAGUCAUUGUGCUCCUCACUGACCAAAAGUACAAAGAGUGAAUCCGGGUAUGCUGCUCUGAGCUGUAGUUUAAUCGUAAAGAUUACGUUGUCGAGAUGGUGAUGGUUGGGUUUUAAGGGUCUAUGCAAACUUAUCAACCUGUGAUAGCUAUUCUCAAAUACUAUCAACCUGUAUUUACAUCACAUAAAUUAAUCCUCAAUUAACCUCAGCUUUAGUAUCAGGGUGUGUAGUCAAAUGCCAAAAAAGGCUGCCUAGAAUGAUACACUACUAACUCGAAGUCAUGGACAUCCAAAUGUUUCUGUUAAAACAGAAGUCAAUCAUCAGCCACACACACAAACACACAUCUCAAGUUUUAUUUUUAUCAUUUCCAAAAAUACUAAGGCCAUUUUCAGGAGAGGCUUUGCGCCGCUGUUGAUCAUUUUUCAGUAGUCCUCUUUUUUCCUUAAUCUGUCUCAUAAAACCUUAUUUUUAACUAAAAUUGUGGCCACCAAGGUCUGAUGUGGUCAGUUUCUGUGUUUCACUGUUCCUACACUAUCUUUUCAAUCAGGGUCUCCAGUGCAAGUUAAGCUCAGCCACAUUCUUCACUCAGACUGUGCUGUUAUUAAGGAUUGUGAAUUUAAAAAAAAAAACAAUGCCUUCCUCAAGUGCAUUAUAUAUUCAUAUGAUUUUGUUACUGAUAUUCUAAGACAUUGGGCUUGAUAUUCUGGCUAACACUUGAAAUUUUGAGUAUAUAUUGAAUUAUGGGCGUCUUUAGGAUGUGUGAAUCAUCUUGUUGAAACCAAAUGCUGAAUUGACUAGAGGACCUAUGCCAAUCAGAUUCACUGUGUUGCUCCAACACGGUUGCAUGGAUAGAAAACAUGUACUUGUGUACAUAGUUAAAAUUUUAGGUUUAAAAAAAAAAAAUAGUGUGACUGAAUUAUUGAAAGUCUGUCACUUCUAAGAAGUGCAAAAACAUUCCUCAUGAGGUUCAAUUUAGACAGAUGCAGCACUUGAAAAGCAGUCAACAUGGAUCAGAUAACCUGUUUACCAAUAGGUUAUCUGACAUGAUGGAAACAUUGCGCCAAAAUACAUUAAAGGCAGUGAUUCGUCAGUUUGAACCUUGUACAAACCUCAUAUGGCUUCCACCUGCACCGAGAAGACUGCUGGUGGUCAGCCUGUUUUUCAUAGACUGUUUACGGACAACUUGCUGAAAAAUCACUCAACUCAAGCAGAUGCAGCCAAAUAAGAAGAAAGUGAGCGUGUGCUGAAAAUCCACGAGAAUGGUCUGUAAAGACUUUUUGGGGAAAAAAACAAGAAAAAAAAAACAAACACUGUAUGCAGUUUUAAUUGGACAUAUGGAUGUAUACAUUAUCAGUGAGAGUGUGUGCACUUUGUUGAUCCAUAAUGUAAUACCACUGUUCAAGAGCCAUGGACACACAAAGCAGUUUUGGUUGUAGAAGUUAACACUCCUCUCCACAUGUUGUAUACCUUGUACAAUAACUGUCAAAAGAACCUUCCAGAACACGGUUCAUACAUGUAAACAUACGAGUGACGCUGCCUGACCAGGCUGAACGCAAGUCGUCUGUGGUUACCUGAAGGUCAUGUAUAGACAAAGAUAGGUUCAAGGUGUGUGGUACUCUGUAGCUGAGCUGCGUUCAUGGACACAGUAAUGUAUUCUUAUGUUGAAUUAAAGGACAUAUAGAUGUUCAUCUGUAUAAA